AGUACUCCACAUUCUACUACUGGGGUUAGCCCGGCAGAACUAUUAUUUAGAAGACGUAUCAGGACCAAACUACCCCAUCUCCAAAAAUUCGGCAUCGAAGAUGAGGUUCGAGAUCGCGACAGUGAGAGAAAAGCAAAGGGAAAGGUGUAUACAGAAUGCCAAAGGAAUGCACGUGAAAGUGAGAUUCGAGAAGGUGAUAAGGUGUUACUGAGGCAGGAGAAAGAGAACAAACUGUCAACACAAUACAUACAGUCUCCCUUUACAGAAUGUAACCCAUGUGAAGAAGUAUAUCGAGCGAGAUUAUAAUGUAUUAUCAGACACUAGUAAGUCAACAGAUGCUUCAGAGGCUCAGAGAGCAACACAAAGUUUAUCAAACCAAGAGUCCAGAGAAACUGUAAAUGUUUCCUCUGAGAGAGCAAGUGAGGACGGCCCAUUCGAGUACACACGAUCAGAUGAUGCUACUAUAGAGCAAAGAGAUUCUGUCACCUUACGUCCAACAAGAGUCAAAAGAUUACCGUCUAAAUUUCAAGGCUAUGUUUUAGGCUUUAUAGCGGAGCACCAUGGGUAA